CUAGUAUGAAACGCGCCUCCUCCGGUGGAAGCAAGACGCCAUGCCGCCGGCGCCGGUGCCGGCGGCCGUAAUGAAGGCUUCCACGGUUCCCGCAUACUGCUCCCUCAUCCGCCAGCUCGCCUCCACCGGCCGCCUCGAUGCCGUCGACGCCGCCCUCGCUUCCGCGCGCUCUCGCCUCGACCCCGCCUCCCUCCACCCGCUCUACGUCACCUCCAUACGCGCCUACGCACGCGCCGGCCUCCUCCGCCACGCCGUCGAUGCCUUCGAGCGCAUGGACCUCUUCGCCUGCCCGCCCGCCGCCGCCGCCUACAACGCCAUCAUGGACGCUCUCGUCCACGCCGCCUACCACGACCAGGCCCACAAGGUCUAUGUCCGGAUGCUUGCCGCCGGCGUUUCCCCCGACCUCCACACCCACACCAUCCGCCUCCGGUCCUUCUGCCUCACCGCCCGCCCACACAUCGCCCUGCGCCUCCUUCGAACCUUGCCAGACCGCGGCUGGGAUGCCAGACCCGUUGCCUACUGCACCGUCGUCUGCGGCCUCUAUGCGCACGGAUACAGCCACGACGCGCGCCACCUGUUCGAUGAAAUGCUCCACAGGCAUGUCUUCCCCAACCUCGCCUCUUUCAACAUGGUUUUGCAUGCUCUUUGCAAGAAAGGGGAUGUCCUGGAGGCUGGCCUACUUCUUGGAAAGGUUAUCCAGCGGGGCAUGCCUGUUAACCUCUUCACCUAUAAUAUAUGGAUCCGGGGGCUCUGUGAAGCUGGCAGGCUGCCCGAGGCUGUUCGACUUGUGGAUGACAUGCCCACAUACGCUUUCCCCGACGUCAUUACUUACAAUACACUCAUCCGUGGACUCUGUAAGGAGUCAAUGCCCCAGGAAGCCAUGCAAUAUCUUCGCAGGAUGAUGAAUCAGGGCUGCUUGCCUGAUGAUUUCACCUACAACACAAUCAUUGGUGGGUACUGCAAGAUGAGCAUGGUGCAAGAAGCUACUGAGGUCCUCAAGGAUGCUGUCUUUAAAGGUUUUGUGCCAGACCAGGUCACAUAUUGCUCAUUGAUCAAUGGCCUAUGUGCUGACGGUGAUAUCCAGAGGGCAUUGGAGCUGUUUAAUGAGGCCCAGGCAAAGGGAAUCAAACCUGAUAUUGUUGUUUACAAUUCUCUUAUCAAGGGGCUCUGUCUUCAGGGGAUGAUCUUACAUGCGCUGCAGGUCAUGAAUGAGAUGUCUGAGGACGGCUGCCAUCCUGACAUUCAAACAUACAAUAUUGUCAUCAAUGGACUAUGCAAAAUGGGGAAUAUUUCGGACGCCACAGUUAUGAUGAACGAUGCCAUCAUCAAAGGCUACCUUCCAGAUGUGUUUACCUUCAAUACGCUGAUUGAUGGGUACUGCAAGAGCUUGAAUCUGGACGGUGCUCUUCAGCUUGUUGAACGAAUGUGGACAUAUGGCAUCACUCCAGAUGCUAUCACAUACAAUUCAGUUCUAAAUGGCCUCUGCAAAGCUGGGAAGGUCAAUGAAGUUAACAAAACAUUUGAAGAGAUGAUCCUUAAAGGGUGUCAACCAAACCCUAUUACAUACAACAUACUGAUAGAGAAUUUUUGCAAUUCUAAUAAAUUAGAAGAAGCUUCUAAGGUGAUAUUGAAGAUGAGUCAAGAAGGAUUACAUCCUGAUGCAGUUAGUUUCAACACACUCAUUUAUGGAUUCUGUAGGAAUGGUGAUCUUGAAGGAGCAUACUUACUGUUUCAGAAAUUGGAGGAGAAAGGGUACCCUGUAACAGCUGAUACUUUUAAUACCCUGAUUGGUGCGUUUUCUGGGAAACUGAAUCUGCAUAUGGCAGAAAAUAUUUUUGUUGAGAUGAUCAGAAAGGGCCAUAGCCCUGAUUCAUAUACUUAUCGUGUUCUAAUUGAUGGAUCAUGCAAGACUGCAAACGUUGACAAUGCAUACAAGUAUCUAGUAGAAAUGAUAAGUGAGGGCUUUAUUCCUUCAAUGGCAACAUUUGGUCGUGUUAUAAACACACUAACUGUGAACCGUUGGAUUUCUCAUGCUGUUGGAAUUAUCCACAUUAUGGUGAAAAUUGGAGUAGUUCCUGAGGUUGUUGAUACCAUCUUGAAUGCUGACAAGAAAGAGAUAGCUGCACCAAAGAUACUUGUUGAGGAUUUGAUGAAGAAGGGUCACAUUAGUUACACUACUUAUGAAGUUCUGCAUGAAGGAGUUAGAGAUAACAAAUUAACUAGAAAACACCGAAUGCUGUUUCUCAACAACUUCAGUCAUUCAUAAACAUUAGAGAUGGUGUACUCUACCAUAUGUUGCUUAGAAUAUGGAAACUGGGGAGCAUCUGAUCAAGAAUAAAGGAAUACGUCAGAAGACUGCAAGGGCGUUGGGAGUAGUUAAUAGUUCGGAACAUCAACCAUAUCGUACAAGAUAUCCUAUUGCUAUUCAUGUUUUCAGGUACUUGUCUUUUCUCUUGUCCUGGAAAGAUAAUUUUGGUUUUCUACAUGAACCAGAUGAAGAAUCGGUCUAGAAGUGUGAAUUUGAAACAAAAAUUGCAUUCUGUCUGCACUUGGAAAAUUUUUCCCCAUUCAGAUUAUACGAGCCUUCUGAGUAUAAGGAAUGAUUCCCAUAUCAUACCAUAAUCUUCAGCAAGAGAACAGUGUGGCUGUUGUUCAAUUGUUAUUGGGAUUCUAUUAUUUAUCAAGUAGGUUUGGACACUAAAGCUAGAGCUGACAAGGAAAUGAGAGGGACCAUCAGCUACCAGGUUUGGUGCGAAGUAUUAAUGAUACCUGUUUAAACGAGCAGAGAGUUAAACAUCACUUGCAUACUUGGGGUGCAAUUUAAAGGGCUAGGAAGCAUCGGAGGCUAGUUUAAUCAAAAGGAUCGGUUGCAGAACUGAUACCAGGUUUGCGAGCUAUCACAAUUCACAACUGAUCAAUAUGUAAGAAGCCCAGUGUCUUCUUUUUUUCUUUCUAUUUUUGCUGAUUUACUGAGCAAUAGCCAAAUGAGUUGGAAGCACGCUAUACUGGAUGAUAAACUGAUUGUCCUGAAUCCUGAUAUCAGCAGUGAGGCAAAUUCCUUUGGGUUGGUUUGAGCAGGAUAAUGGGGCAUGAGAACAUGGAUGUCAUGGUCUGUAUUGAGUUCAAUGAGCUUACAGAUUAUUACAUAUACUCUAACAAGAGGUGAUAGCAUCUUUCCAUGCUGACAAAUCCUCCGAUGAUAAAGAUCCAAUUUAUAGCUAUUGUGGAAAUAUAAAGUUCAGCUGAAGGUGCGAGUUUACUAGUGCCAUAUGUUGUCAAUAAUUUUAGCUCUGGUUCUUAUGAUACAGUCCCAUCAACGAUUUACGAGAAAACCACAUGCGCAAGAUUGACAUGUUGACAAUUACUGCCAACUGGGUGUGUUGGGAUAAAUGUAGAUGGUGCUCAACUGCUCAUCAUUCUGACCGAUCCCAAGGUGCAGAGGUUUAAGCUGCCUGCUUGUUGUAUGAUCGCACUCGGUUGAUUAUUCCAAUGAAAAGCUCUUGGUCUAAAAGAAUCUGAGUCAGAAAAAAAGAAACAUGUACUUGCAGUUUACUUGAGAAGAGAUGACUAUUAGAUUUGAUAUGAGAGGACCAACUGAACCACAUAAGGCCGAAUCAGCAUGGAGUACAUGUAACCAGACAGGGAGAACUUGGCAGGACCAAAACUAAAAGCGCAGUCACAGAUCCUUUUUGACCUGCUGAGUUGAGAAAGAUGUUGCCGCUUGAACACA